AUUCCGGCCGUCUGCUGCCAGCCACAAGAUGGCGGCGGAGAGACGGAGGAGUGGUCACGCCCUGCGCCCGGGCUCUGGCCGCGCAGGCGCGCUUCGGCAGUCGGACCUGGCAGCUUCCUCUGUCAGGGCCGCGUCUGAACGAGAGCAGUGAGGGGAGGCCGUCCCUGAUUCUCCGAGCCUGCACCGGAUUUCUAUCCGAGCCGUUUCUCAGAGACUGUGCCUGGUGCCGGCACGUCCCCUGCAUCCCAUCUGCCGCUGUCAGCCCCCUGUCGCCAGCCUCCAUUAACCCCUGCCUUUCCACAGCCUAAUUUUUUGUGUAGUGUAUCAAUAUUGCACCGUUAUCCCCCACCAUCUCCGGUCCGCCCCAGCCUGCUGCACAUCCCCGGCCCUUUCCUUAUUACCCUGCUCCUAUCUGCCUGCAUGCUGCAGGGGUCUCCGGUGUUACCACCCUGUCCUCUCUCACCCCAUCUCUGCUGCUUGCACGCACCCUGUCUCCCCCACUCACUCAUCGCUCUUGCCCGCCCCCCACUACUCCCCAGCGCCUCAUCCUGUCUCCAUGGAAGCCCCUGGACAUCCCCACCUCCAGAUCUGAUGAUACCCUGCAGAUUAGCAUCUCUCUGAGACCGUUUCCCAGAACUCACUACCAAAAUGUCUGUGGUGCAGACGCCCUGGCCAGCUGGUACGGAAUGUGUCGCUAACUACGACUUCCAGGUCAGAGCAGACCAAGACCUUCCAUUUAGUAAAGGAGAAGUCCUGACCAUUGUGGCUGUUACGCGGGAUCCUAACUGGUACAAAGCAAAGAAUAAGGCCGGGCAAGUUGGGUUCAUACCAGCCAACUAUGUGCAGAAGAGAGAAGGGGUAAAAUCUGGGACCAAGCUGAGCCUGAUGCCAUGGUUUCAUGGCAAGAUUACAAGAGAACAGGCUGAGAGACUCCUAUACCCUCCAGAGACAGGCCUGUUUCUUGUUCGAGAGAGCACAAACUACCCAGGGGACUACACACUGUGUGUGAGCUGCGAGAGUAAAGUGGAGCAUUACCGCAUUAUCUAUAAAUCUGGCAAACUGACCAUCGAUGAAGAGGCAUACUUCGACAACCUCAUGCAGCUGGUGGAGCACUAUACUAAUGAUGCUGAUGGUCUCUGUACCAAUCUGAUGAAGCCCAAGCUGAUGGAAGGAACAGUGGCUGCUCAAGAUGAAUUUUCUCGGAGUGGCUGGGCUCUGAAGAUGAAGGAUCUGAAACUUUUGCAGAUCAUAGGCAAAGGAGAAUUUGGAGAUGUCAUGUUGGGAGAAUAUAGGGGAUCUAAGGUAGCUGUGAAAUGUAUUAAGAAUGAUGCGACGGCACAAGCCUUUGUUGCGGAGGCCUUAGUAAUGACGCAACUGCGACACAAGAAUCUGGUUCAGUUACUGGGAGUGAUUGUUGAAGACAAGAGCAGCCUCUUUAUCGUCACAGAGUUCAUGGCAAAGGGCAGCUUAGUGGACUAUCUAAGGUCUAGGGGAAGAUCGGUGCUGGGAGGUGAAUGUUUAUUGAAGUUCUCUUUAGAUGUUUCAGAAGGUAUGGAGUAUUUAGAAGACAAUAAUUUUGUGCACAGAGAUUUAGCAGCACGCAAUGUGUUAGUCUCCGAGGAGAACAUUGCCAAGGUCAGUGACUUUGGACUCACCAAGGAGGCCUCUGCAACACAAGACACCAGCAAACUACCUGUCAAGUGGACAGCACCUGAGGCAUUGCGGGAGAAGCUUUUUUCAACAAAGUCUGACGUGUGGAGUUUUGGAAUUCUGCUAUGGGAAAUAUACUCUUUUGGGCGAGUGCCUUAUCCACGCAUUGCCCUAAAAGAUGUAGUACCUCGCGUGGAGAAAGGAUACAAGAUGGAUUCUCCGGAUGGUUGCUCACCUGUAGUGUAUGAGGUGAUGAAGCAGUGUUGGAAUCUGGACCCCAACCAACGACCAUCCUUUAGGAAACUACGAGAACAGCUAGAGCAUAUCAAAGCCAACGAGCUGUUCCAGUGAGACGGGGACAAAAGCAAGGGGGCCGCCUGUCUUAACAGAGCCAGAUAGAGAGUGACUCAACCAUAUCAGAUAUGGGCACAAACAUGACUCUUGUGUACACAGUAAAUACAUAUUUGGCUCUCCAAAAUCCCCUACCUUGCACUACCUACCAACCUCUUUCCCAGAAACAGAAGACAGAGCCCUGUUGGCCUGUAGAAGGAUGCUGAAGUUCUUAUACAUGGUUUUGUUUUCACAUCUCACGUAGACUCCUGCCGCCUCCUGCGCCUCGUGAACGUGAGCCAUGAGUGGAAAUCAUGAGGCACUUGGGCAAACAUUAGGGGCUUGGUGACCUGGAAAAGGAUUACAUUGCCAACCUCCAGAAGAAAUGGAGACCAAAUCAUAAAUCAUUCUAAAGCUCUUUUUGUUUUUUUGUUUUUUAUAGAGAGGUUACACAGAAAAAAUGAUCAGAGAACAGGGAAUUCAUUGCUUCAUACAAUCAGCAAUGGGUACUUUUGAAAUAAUUGUAGUCAAUAAUGCAAAUAAGGAUGCAUGUUUCGGACCAGGGACAUCUCUUCUGUUUCUCCUCUGCCUUAUUUAAUAGGUAAAUAUAAAUUGAAUAAACUGACAUACUGGGCUAAGAAGAGACCUUUGCUGGGAAGAAACUAUGGGUGGUGUCACCGUUCCUGAUGGCUUCUCUCUGUCACAGACCUUGCCGCUACAUGUAAUCUCUCCAAAUUCAGAAUGUACCAACCCCGUAAAAUAUUCUGUAUUGUAAUCCUUGAUCUCUACAUACCAACUGUGAUAAACCUGUGCAACAUGUGUUGGGUGCUGACAUUUCGCUAGCAAAAGUAAACCACUCUAUUAACAUUUCAGAUGAGGCAGGUGCUAGCACUUGCUCAACAAGUCACCUGCUACAGUUUUAUGGUUCAGGGAACCUACUCACUGCCGGAACAGGUAGCAACACAUUUCUCUGCAUCUAACAUAUACAAAAUAGUCUCUCUUAUUUUCCGUAGCCCUCAGUCAGCUUUGUCUUUCCCUUGUCUUUCUCUGAAUUCAUCCUCUAAUGAAGAGGGAUCAUUGUCAAAGCAGGAAUUUUGCAGCAAAAUUAUUGGCAGGAUCCAAUAAUUUUUAUUUUAUUUGUAUUUUUUUUUUCGGUGGGGGGGAGGGUCAUGGUCCAGCAUCACUUUUUAAGAAAGUGAACAAGUUACAAUCCUGUUGUCACUUUGGACAUGUGCAUAGCCAUUUGAAAAAAAAAAAAAAAAAAAAAGGAUAAUAAUAAACUUGUUUAAUUUGCCUGAUUCAUCAUUAAUCCCAUUUCUCCAAACCUGCUGUGAAAUGUAUUGUUAAAGUACCGCCUACUGUACUCAUUUAAAAUCCAUUUUUUACCUAUAUAAUUGUAAUGGGAGAAUUGGCUGUGCCUAUCUGAACUCAGAUUUAAUAAUCAGCUAAUAAUGCAUUGCAGUAUUUCACAAUGAAACAUUUCAGAUCUCCAGAGCAGAUUGGCUGCUACUGCAGCUUUCUAGUAGAGCCAUUCCAACUCUUGUGUAGGGCUUGCAAUAACUACUGCCCAUGCUGGUUGUCAAGCCCUUCUAUGUCCAGUUAAUGUUACAAAUUGAUCUUCGGUUAUGUGAUCAUUUAGAAUUUUUAGGCUUGCUCAGGGAAGAGAUAUAUCUAAUCCAAAAGCUGCAGUUACUUUUUGCAGGUUAUGGCAACAUACAGUAGCAGACUUUAUUCAGAGCCUGCUGUCUCCCCCUCCCCAUAUACUCAUGUUUGUUAUAUUGUCGGUUUGGUUCAUGGCGACCAUUCUGCCAACUAUGAGCUCUCUGUAUGGCAUCUGGCAUUUACGGCAUUUUAAUCUUUUGACCUAAACAGAAAAUUAUUUCCUCCUAUUUAAUUGAAAUGUAAGCCCAGGUUUAAAUGUACAAAUACAUGAUUAAAGAAUACGCGUUCACACCCAUUAUGAAUAAUAUCAGAAUGGUGGUAUUUUUGGUACCUUAGGCUACCUUUCUGGGUGCCCCCAACAGCAGAAAACACACCCCAUGCUUGUAACAGUGUAUCUCUUAACCAAUGCUUUAUUUUGUAAUUUUGGUAUAGUGGAAGUGCUCUUGAUUUUCAGGUCCAGAGAAUGGUAUAUUAUAAUAAUUCUGGAGAUUGGCAGGAAAGUGGAAGUUCUGAAAGUGAAAGGAGCAUCAUUUUGGCAAGGGGAGGGGGGGGGGG